AUGAAUCUGGGAGCUCCUCCCGUGUCCAUUGCGGUGAUUGCUGCAGAUACGCCGGCUCCGUUCAGCAGGUACCAGGCGCAGAACUUCACUCUAGUGUGUAUCGUGUGUGGAGGGAAGCCGGCUCCGCAGGUGUACUUCAAGAGAGACGGGGAGCUGAUCGAGGUUGUCCCUAUGAUGGACCCACCGCCGGCCGCUGCCGGCCUGAUGAACAUCCGAGGGUCGAGGAACAUUCUAAACCGAGACAUGGAUGAUACUAAAAUGCAGAAAUCACUUUUACUGUUGGACACUGAGGAGCGGGGACUAAGUUCCUUCACGGAGAACCCUUUCCGAACCCGCACGUCCGACCAGGGACCUAUGUCCAUCCCCGUGACAGAGACCAUUCCAGAGACAGUGGUCAGCCUGGAGUUCCCGCGUUGGGUUCACAGCACGGACCCCACUUAUUUCUUCCACCAAAUGCAUCUUCCAAUGAGUGAUGGAACUGUAGAGGUUCGAGCCAUGCUCACCUGGACCCUAAACCCACAGGUAGACAACGAGGCGCUGUUUAGCUGUGAGGUGAAGCACCCAGCCCUCACCAUGCCUAUGCAGGCUGAAGUCACACUAGGUAAGAAGCUUUCUUAGUUUUCUAGAUUCAUUGUCAGCGUGAUUUAUGGGCCGCAUUUAUAUCCCGGUGCCAGAGCUCCAGGCAAUUGUGUCUUCUGAUUAAAUCUUAUAAUAGCUAUUUAGGAAGACCUGCAUAGAGGAGUCUGGGAGAUGCUCCUCGCGUCGGUGUAAUUACAGCUCGCUCCGAGAUAGGGGCAAAUGUCAGAACUCCAUGUACCCUGAUACAAUACCGGUUGCCAUGAAGCAUUGUAGGGCGUCAUCCGGCCGAGUGGACAUCACGGGCUUAAAAUGAGGUUGCCUGAGUUCUAGCAGAUGGAUGGUCUUGUCCAAAAUGACUGCUCUCUUGUUUGCUUAUAACUGGGAAAUAUUGCAUGGCAGAGAAUGGGAGAGGCUUCCGUCUGGAACACUACUGGGCCGCUUUGUAAUAGUAUAAUUUAUUUAGAACAAAUUACUUUUGCAGGAUAUGUGUGAAUUAUGUAAAAAUGUCUGAGGCCUGUAGUUUUGUAGCCAAGACGUUCUGAGUUUCCCAAUGAAUCAGAUACAUAUUAUCUAUCUAUCUACAGUAUCG